GCAAAGCUCCAUUUCUAGACAUUUAGAGAGACGACUAGAGACCCAAAAGAGCCUUUUAUAAUUAUCGUCUCAAUCUCUGCUACUCUGUUAGUUAGCUCUUUAAGAAGAUGACGAAGAUGUACUUACUCCCCAAUCUGUGCCUCUUCAUCUUUUGCUUUGGAGCUACUAACCAGUCUCUAACUCUAUGGCCUUUAUUUCUCCCUUUUGCCAUCUUCUUCCUCUUUCUCUCCUUACUCAACUCGUGGCUGGUUCCUGGUGGCUUUGCAUGGCGAAACCACCACCGAAAUUCGCCGCAGCUCCGUGGUCCAAUCGGAUGGCCCUUGUUGGGAAGCAUCUCGCAUAUGAGUCGGCUUGCUCAUCGUAAACUGGCCGAGAUAUCGGCCUCACUUGAUGGUGAUGCAAAUCGUCUCAUGGCUAUUAGCUUAGGAGCUACACGCGUUAUCAUCAGUAGCCACCCGGACACUGCUAAGGAGAUCUUGUCCGGGUCUGCUUUCUCCGACCGUCCAAUGAAGGAAUCAGCACGACUGCUCAUGUUUGAGCGUGCCAUUGGAUUCGCUCCCUCUGGGGACUACUGGAGACACCUGAGGAGGAUUGCCGCUAAUCACAUGUUCUCACCUAAGAGAGUUGCAGCCCUGGAGGGGCUUCGACGACGCAUCGCCGAUGACAUGGUGGAUCAAGUAUGGAAGGAGAUGGAGAGUAGAGGGGAGGUGGAGCCGAGAGGGAUACUGCAUAAGGGUUCCUUAAGCAAUGUUAUAGAGAGUGUGUUUGGAAGGGGUUUGUGUUCAGAUGGGGAGCAGUUGGGUUCCAUGGUUAGGGAAGGGUAUGACUUGAUUGCACAAUUUAACCUGGAGGAUUAUUUCCCUUUGGGUUUCUUGGACUUUUAUGGAGUCAAAAGAAGGUGUCAUAAGUUGGCAGCUAGGGUUAAGUGUUUCUUGGGCGAGAUCAUAAAAGAGAGGAGGAAAGAGGAGUGCAAAGGAAGAGACGACUUUCUCAGUGUUUUGCUUACUCUGCCCAAGGAAGACCAGUUGAAUGAUUCAGACAUGGUGUCUGUCUUGUGGGAGAUGAUAUUUCGGGGAACAGACACGAUAGCUAUCCUUCUUGAAUGGAUCAUAGCGAGAAUGGUGUUGCACCCGGAUGUCCAAGCCAAAGCCCAACAAGAAAUUGAUGAAUGCAUGGGCAGUCAUAGAGAGGUCCAAGAUUCGGACAUCCCCAGCCUCCCUUACCUUCAAGCCAUAGUGAAGGAAGUUCUCCGGUUACACCCACCAGGCCCACUGUUGUCAUGGGCUCGCCUCGCCAUUCAUGAUGUCCAUGUUGGCAAGUUCUUUGUACCAGCUGGCACGGCGGCAAUGGUAAACAUGUGGGCCAUAACUCAUGACGAGUCCAUUUGGAAGGACCCAUUAGCAUUCAAACCAGAAAGAUUCAUAGAAGAGGAUGUGGGUAUCAUGGGCUCGGACUUACGGCUCGCCCCAUUUGGGUCAGGUAGACGCGUAUGCCCAGGGAAGACACUGGGUUUGGCCACAGUUCAUCUCUGGCUCGCACAGCUUCUCCACAGGUUCACUUGGCUUCCAGCCCAACCCAUUGAUCUUUCUGAAUGCCUUCGCCUCUCACUGGAAAAGAAGCAGCCCUUGGCUUGCCAUGUGGUUCCUCGGGAAUCAGCGGCUUUCAUGUGAGAAUCAGCUUUCAAGCUAUUGGUAAUAAGUGUAGAUGUUUAUUUCUUGCAAUAAGAUGCCGCUAAGCACAUAGCUACUUUAGCUCAAAAGCUUAUGUAGUUAGCAAGUGUUGUAGGCUCUUUAUGUUUACUAGUAUAUUAGUGUACAUUAUUAUGAGUGCUUAACUGCUUACUAGUAUAUUAACAAAAUUAAGUGAGAGAGAGAGAGAGAACUCAAAUAAUAUUGUGAGAGCGAGGUUCUGAAGAGCCAAAAAGUGAAUAAAUAUCGCUACAGCAUCAGUGGACCUUGAUCUAA